AACAAAUCAUUAUCAUUUUAGUUUUUACUGACAAUUUGUUAAAAUUUAAUUAUAUUUCGCGUUUUUAGUUGUUACUUAAAAAUAAAAUGUUUAUUAUACCAGAAGAUAUUUUAAAACAAUUAGUUUGUUCGGUUUGUCACCAUUAUUUAUCAGUUGAACCGAUAAAAAUUUAUAGAAAUAGAGAUAUCAGAUGCGGCCGAUGUUCCAAAAAUGAAGACGGCGGAGUUGUAUCUAUGUACAAACAUAUUAUUAGAAAUGGAAUUUUUCCAUGUAUCAACAGGUAUGAAGGAUGCACACGUUUGCUGGCUCAUUCGGAAAUUGCGGCUCAUGAAAAGGAAUGUUUAUCAAGAUGCUACACUUGCCCAUUAUGCUCAUUAAAGUUAACCUCUUUUAAUUUCGUUGGACAUUAUAAAAAAGAUCAUGCUGAUGCCGUCCUGGAAAAACCUGAAAUAAUUUUAACUGUGAAUAAAGAAUGUGAAUUUGAGAAGUACUAUAUGUACAGAGAAAAUGAUUUUAUUUAUAUAUUAUAUGUGAGAUGUAAUUUAAAUGAUUCCUGUUUUUAUGUGAAUGCUGCAUGUCUAGGUCCUUCUGACAGAGUGCACAAAAUCAAACAACACUUGAAAUAUUAUUUGGGAACUGAUAGAAAUUCAGAUGAGCUAUUUUUAGUAACCAAAAAACGAAACUGCUCAAUUGUUGAAAAUAACUUGGAAUGUUUUAAAUUGCCCUUUUUUAUGAAUAUGAAAGCAGUUAAGAUUAGCUUUUUUUUAGAUAUGUCUGAUGUUAAUUUUUCAAAUUAUAUAACAGAUAAUACAAUUUGUGCUAAAACAAAUAGUUCAAAUGAAAUUAUUGGCUUGCAUAAUGAGUAUCCUAAAAUGUUCCUUAGUAAAGAAUUUAAAAGCACUUAUCCUGAUUUUAAAUUAUCUUCUUGUGGUACUAAACUCUUUAAGAAUUGUGGUGAAGAGUUUCCAAGAAUAUGUGAAUUUUGUGAAAAUAUUUUCCCAAAUUCUAAAUCCAUUAAAUUAUAUGGAUGUAUUUGUGAGCACACGCAUUGUGAUGAUUGUUAUGCUAUAAGACCUUGCUGCUGCAAAACUUAUGCCAGGGAAUUCGUAUAUCCCUGCGACCAAUCAAACGUUUAUAACUCUCUAUAUUUUUACUGUAAAUGGAAUUGUGGAAUUUUUUUUUCUGGUCCAAAUUUAAGAGGCCAUGAAGAUUGUUGUAAAUUUAAUAAAGAUACAUGUGAAUUACCAGAAUUGGCAGCAAAAUAUUUUACUUCUUACUCGAGUGAUCAAGAAACUAAUAUUAUUUCAAGGUCAAAUAUAUUUUUGUUCAAACAAUUCAAGUUUCAUACUGAUCUAAACAUCUUUGUAAUCACCAGAGAUUACUUUAAAUUUGUGUUGCAUGUUAACUAUGACAAUAGGAUGUGGAAUUUUACGGUUUCCCAUGACUACCCAAAGGAUAAGUAUUACUUACUAUUUAAAAUUAAUGAAAGCCAGGAAAGUAGUUAUUGUUGUGUUGAUUCAUUCAGAUGUCAUAUUGAUCAGGCUAUUUUGGGUUUUGCUGUUUUAUUGAGAAAAGUUUGUUAAACACACACUGAAGUUUUUAUUUUAUCAAAUGUAUGUGGAUCAAUAAUUAAUUAAGAUCAAUUUAAAUGCAGCUUUCUUAAUAAUACUUUUUAUAAGUUAGUAUUUGUUUUUGACAUUUAAAAAUUGCCUUUCAUAUUCAAAAUUAGAUCUCUUUAUAUAUGUGUUUUCUUAUAUGAGACGUUUAUUUUGAAGUCCAUUUAUACUUAAAUUGAGACAUCUUAGAGUUUGUGUAAAUUUUGUUUAACUGCAUUAAUUAAAUUAUCUGAUUAUUCAACUAAUGCAUUUGUCCAAAAACUAAGGUUACCUUGUGAAAUACUAAUUAAUUAAAAUUACCUUCAUCACUGCCUUCAGGCAUUAUCGAUAAUGAAUAACUUAAUUUAAGUAUAAAUGGACUUAGGCCACUUUCAAAUUAAACGGCUCAUAUAUUAAUUUAUUUUGUAUUAUG